AUGGGGAACGUACACUCCGGUACCAAUCUCACACGCACCGCAGGAGCGCUGGACUCUUUCGUUGCAGAACUUGGAGGAGAUAUAAUAUACGACAAGAGCCUUGGGGCACCGAGAUUCUUGAAGACAGUGAAAUGCCGGCAUCGAAACGGGCCUCUUGUGGUGAAGAUAUUCAUCAAGCCAGAUCCUGGGAUUAGCCUGAGGAACUAUACGCGUCGGUUGAAAGUGGAAAGAGAGGCCCUUGCAGAAAUUCCCAACGUGUACAACUACCAAGUCUUUGCUGAAAAUGAUAGAGCGGGCUAUAUUAUUCGACAGUGGAUUGCUAGUAAUCUAUAUGAUAGAAUAAGUACUCGCCCCUUCUUGACUUCUGUUGAGAAGAAAUGGAUAGCGUUCCAACUCCUUACCGCACUUCGAGAUGCGCGGAAUCGCAAGACCUCGCAUGGUGACAUCAAGUCAGAGAAUAUUCUCGUCACGUCCUGGAACUGGGUUUACCUCACUGACUUCGCGUCGUACAAACCAACAUACCUCCCCCUGGAUGACCCCUCCGAUUUCUCCUUUUUCUUUGAUACUUCUGGCCGACGCACAUGCUAUAUCGCGCCCGAGAGGUUCUACACGGCUGCAGACAACCCAGAGAUCAGCGCGAAGAAGUCUCGGUUAGCCAUCGAUGACAGUGAAGGCAAGCGGGAUGGAAAGGUAACAGAAGCCAUGGAUUGCUUCAGCGCGGGUUGCGUUAUAGCUGAGUUAUUCCUGGAAGGCGCCGCUCUAUUUACUUUGAGCCAGUUGUUCAAGUACAGAGAAGGCGAAUACAAUGUCGAUCCUCAUCUAUCGAAUAUUGAAGAAGAGGGUGUUCGAGACAUCAUCAAGCAAAUGAUUAACCUCGAUCCGUCUGCUCGCCCGACCUUUGACACCUUGCUUCACAAUUCGAGGGGGACAGUUUUUCCAGAAUGCUUUUACUCCUUCCUUCAUAACUAUGUCUCCUCCAUCAAUGAGCUUCCCCCAGUCCAAACCGUUCCUCCUUCCGUCGUAGGCACGCCGAACCCAAACGCCCCACCGUCAUCUAUAUCCUCCAAUACCUCCUUCAAUCGAGCUGGCACCACGGCGGACCCACCGACUGCUAAUUCAUCGUCGCAUGCUGCCCUUCCCAACGAUUCGGAUAGACGAAUAGAACGAAUAUGGGCCGACUACGAAAGCAUUGAACCCUACAUUAUGGUCGAGAAUGUAGAUGAGACUAUCAUGGACGUCAAAGUAGAGUAUGGAUCGUCUGCUAUGCCGUAUAAGCCAUUCCAGGACAUCUUACCUGUCGAACUGUGUAUUCCCAAUCACCCAUCAAAGUUGCAACCGUCCCCAUCUACCGGCCGCUAUGCUGCGACAGAAGACGGCCCUGCGUUGAUUAUCCUAGCCAUCGUCACCGCCCACUACCGGAAUUGCUACCUUCCUAGCUCCAAGUUACACGCUCUGGACAUACUCAUGGCCCUAUCACCCCAUCUUACCGACGAAGCAAAGCUAGAUCGGAUGGUUCCCUAUAUCGUGGACAUCCUACACGAUGAGUCUCCCCCCGUCAGGUCCGCGGCGCUUAGAACCUUGAUACAAGUGCUCAUGCUCGUUGCCGUCAUUACGCCAUCGAAUGCCGCCAUAUUUCCGGAGUACAUCAUUCCGAACAUUAGGCAUCUAGUCCAAGAUCCUGAAGUGUCUGUCCGAUGUACAUAUGCGCAAUGCAUAGUGCAAUUGGCGGAUACAGCUGUUCGGUAUCUUGAAAUGGGGCAAGCCCUUAGAGCCCAUGGGACUUUCAAGCUGUCCGCCGAAGCUCAAGAAUAUGACCACGCUAAUUCCGAGCUCUCGUAUGACGCAAGCAUGCAAGAUUUACAGGCAACCAUACAAGAGCAUCUCUCUGCGCUACUAAUGGACCCUUCCAGCGUGGUUAAACGAGCGGUACUACAUAACAUCUCUCCCCUCUGCAUCUUUUUAGGACGCCAGAAAACGAACGAUGUCCUCUUGAGCCAUAUGAUCACGUACCUGAAUGGUCGGGACUGGCUUUUGCGGUAUGCCUUCUUUGAUAGUAUCGUGGACGUAGCUGCCUGCGCUGGAGGGAGGAGCUUAGAGGAGUACAUACUGCCUCUGAUGAUACAAGCGCUCUCAGAUGUGGAAGAGUCAGUAGUCGCCAAAGUUCUCGCCGCCCUCACUAGUCUAUGUGAACUUGGGCUUUUCCAGAAAAUGAGGAUCUGGGAACUUAUGAGCGCCACUCUCGGUUUCUUGUAUCAUCCUAAUAUAUGGAUACGACAAGGUGCUGCCGCAUUUAUGUCUUCGGCAGCGAAGCACCUUCCGCGAAGCGAUGUUUGGUGCAUACUGUACCCAUCACUACGAUACUUCCUUAAAUCCGACGUAGUCGUCAUUGAUGAAUCAAGUCUACUGACGGCCAUGAAACCUCCUCUCCCAAGGCAACUUUUCGAUGCCUCAGUGCAAUGGGCCAUGAAAGCUGAUAAGAGCAGCUUUUGGCGAGGAAACCGUCGUGUGCCCACAAGAACUGAAUCACCAAGAGAGAGUAUGAUCGCCACGAGGAGGACCGGAACCUCAACACCCAGAAGUAGGUCUGAUGACGACGAUGCACAGUUGAAGAAACUCCAGAACAUGGGCAUGACUUCGGCAGAUGAAGCGAAAUUACUUGCAAUGAGGGAUUACAUCCUCAAGCUCGCGAACGCGAUAUCUAGCUUCUCUUCGAGACUGAUAUUUGAACCUGAAUCAGACAAGGGGUUGAAAACCAUUAGCAACGUCGAACUGCAAAAGCUGGGUGUGGUUCCGCGCACUGUAUUUCUCAAAGCCCGCUCAGACAACUCCGGCGCUCGCAUUUUGCGCUCGCCCACUCCCCGGUCAAGGAAGCCUACCUACGAAUUCUCCUCUACUUCUAGGACGCCAAUUCUCAGUCCUCGUCUCACUAGUCGCACUAUUGACAGUCCAUCCGGUGCCCCUUUCGAGGACCUGCGGCGCAGACUUGCCACUAUCAAUGGAUCCGCUUCCUCGCUCAACGUACCCCACCUCAACCGCGAGUCGCGUUCUUCGACUUCUCCUCCGACCGUGACGAAUAUGCCCCAAGGAUCCCUCCCGCCCUCUUCUCCAUCGCUCACCGACCGGCCAGGCAGUCCUACCGAAUCGGUCGUUUCGACAUCAACGUCAGCGCCUUUCCAUCCCAUUAGUCGCAUGCAAAUAGGUGGAACCGAUGGUCAGAAAGCGGCGCCGGCCGUUGGUUCCUUCAAGACGAAUGUAUCGGGCGUUCUUGAGGCACAUUCAAAGUUAUUCCCGGACGGGUCGCCUGUGCCUUCUGGGAGGACAUCUCCGUUGUCGGUCGCCGGCACCUCUCGGGGGACUCAGCCCCGACUCCCUCCUUUGCUUCCCACAGGCAAUCCUGAGAUUCUAGAACCAGGAAUAAGCAAUUUGCUGGAAAAUCUGUUCUUAGACAAUCAGUCAGAUUAUCAACAAGACUUCGGUCCCAGAGUUCACGAGGGUCCAGUACGAAGGCGAAAUGCAGUCCGACAUGGUUACCCCCUCCGAGAAGGCUCCUCGCGUCGGCUUGACGCCGCGCUCAUCGCCAAUCUGACUUCUCAUUCCGAUGCUGUGACUGGAUUCGCUGUCUCCCCCGACCACAUGUUUUUCGUGUCCGCUUCUGAUGAUAAGACAGUGAAAGUAUGGGACACCGCGCGACUGGAGCGUAACGUCACAAGCAAGCCACGGCAUACCUAUGGGCAGCAUCAUGCCCGAGUCAAGUCCGUUUGCAUCCUGGAAGGGUUCCACUGUUUUGCGAGCGCUGCCGAUGACGGUAGUCUGCAUAUUGUCCGUGUCGAUAUCACCCAGACGGGUGCGUUGCCAAAAUACAACAAACUCCAGGUUGUUCGGGAGCACAGAGUUGACAAUGUCGGCGAAUAUAUUACUUGCAUGCAUCAGUAUAAUACCGAAACAACAUCGAACCUAGUUUACGCGACAACUCAUUCGACAAUUGCCAUCUUAGACCUUUUUACGAUGAAAAUAUUGCAAACGAUGGCUAACCCACGCCAUUACGGGCCGAUCACUUGUUUGUGUAUAGAUCGCAAGCGAUCAUGGAUCAUCGCAGGCACUUCAACCGGGGUACUCACCCUCUGGGAUAAACGGUUUGGGUUGCUAGUGAAAAGCUGGCACGUAGGGGUCUCAAGCAAUGGUCGGUCAGUGCGUGUUCACCAAUGCGUCGUGCACCCGACAAAGGGCCGGGGGAAAUGGAUCAUUGUCGCCAUGGAGGCGUCCCGGCGUAACAGUGACAAGAGCGCAACUACUCUCCUAGAGGUCUGGGACAUAGAGAAAUCUGCACUUGUGGAAAGCUUUUUGACCCGGAGUACGUCGGGAGCAGCUGAAGACCUGCCGGAGCCAAGCGACGUCAACGGGGCGGACGCCGAGACCAGUCCGGCUGCAGCCAUCGCAGCUCUUGUGAAAUCUCGUCAGAUGGGAAAUGAUACCUCGGGAACCAAGCCAAGAUCUUCGCUACAGCGCGAUGAGUUAUUAUUCACACCUGCGCCGGACGUACGCGCUCUCAUCACUGGCGUUGACUUCGGUGGGUACUCACAUAGGUCGGAUAUGACCGCCGGACCGACAGAUGUCCGAACGUCUCCACGAGCGGUUGGGCGGGGAUUCAUCAUCAGUGGGUCGGAGGAUAGGAAGAUACGGUUGUGGGACUUGAGCAAGCUGGAUCGCACUUUCGUCCUGAGCGGUCUGGAAUCGGAGAAUGACGCAGACAAACCAUCCUACAGUUCUGUUCCAACUGGCCCAGUAGCAUCAUACGUUGAGACAUGGCCCGUCCCGGCAAGCGGUCACAACAAUCGGCCCGCCCAGCGAAUAUCGUUGAUCACGCAGAACCAACAAAAUCUGUUGAAGGCUCAUCAAGAUGUUAUCACCGCGCUUGCAUGCAUAGACUCGCCCUUCAAAGGGGGUAUCGUUAGCGGAGACCGUGCUGGUGUCAUCAAAGUUUGGAGAGUGGAAAUAGCUGCAGACCAGUAA